AUGUCUAGUGUUGAUGAUAAGCCAACAAUCCACGAGUUUCCAAAAGACAUCAUUCAUGGUACAGACGAACAGAAAAAGAAUUAUUUUGAUGAAGUCUUCGGAAUCUUUGUACAAAAGUAUGUAUUGCAAAUUGAUCCACUUACUGAUUAUGAUGUCAAUGAUGACCACAUAAAAAACUAUGGAUUGUGCACCAUUUUCCUCAAAAUGUUAAUUUUACAAAUGAAAGAUACAGCCAGAAAAGGUGACGGAGAGCGAAAUCUCAUUAAUCAAAAGUUUCUUCUAUCAGUAUUCAAAUUAUUGGGUUCCUAUAGUAAAUAUGCCAUCGAAAUGUUCGUCAGCAUUGCACAGAUUGAAUGCCUCCUCACACCGAGGUUGUCACAACAAUUUAAAUGGGGUUUCUUCGUGAAUUGGAAAGGUGGGACAGGAAACAAUAUUGAAAACGACUUAGCACAGGAAAUAACAAACAAACUGAGCAAAAAUAUUGUGCAAAGAAUGGGACCAAAUAAAACUCUUUCAUCCAUCAACAAAGUAAGUAAAGCUAUGAGUGGUAUCUCCAUGAUAAAAGAACAGUUUGAUAAGACUGUAGGAGUGGCAAAGGAAUCAGUCCAACACGCAAUUCGACGGAAGAUGAGAGAGGCAUGA